CUUUGGCGGUGCACAUCACGCAAUCACGGACGUUAGCGGAGAGUUGGAAGAAGCCGGCGGUUCCUGACGCGCUGAAACACCUGGUGACGCCGGGAGACGUCAUCACAACGGACACGGGAUACAUGAGCUGAGAACAAGACUGUGGCUACGACGACUACGAUGGCUGAAGCGGAACCAUUGGACUAUAACAGUGACCUUGGCUGCUAUGUAAGAAUGGAGGACAGAACAUCCCAUGAGGACGACUGCUCUCACUACAAAUAUAUCAGUCAAUGUGAUAAGGUCCUUGCCCAGCUUAACAGCCAGCGCCAUUGUGGAGAUUUUCUUGAUUUGGUGGUAAAAGUCCAGGACAUGGAGUUCCCCUGUCACCGGGCCGUGUUGGCAUCUACACCGUACUUUAAAGUCAUGUUUUCCUCUGACUUCACCGAAAGACGGUCAAAGGUUGUUCAACUACACGAGAUCGACUCCGAUGGCUUCUCUAAGAUCCUGGACUUCCUGUAUACCGGGGAAAUCCGCAUCAGCAAAGACGACGUUCACAACAUUCUGCAGGCAGCUCACAUGCUGCAAAUUGACAAGAUCACAGAGUAUUGCCGAGCAUUCAUCAAAGAAAAUUAUGAUCUGUCAAACUGCCUGAGUGCCAUGCGCCUCUCUGACCUGUAUGGAUUUUCUGACCUGAGGGAACAAGCCAGGAAAGACACAUUGUCUAACUUCUCAGAGGUAUCGCAAAGUGAAGAAUUUCUGACUCUUUCAGGACAGGAGCUCUUGGAUCUACUCACAGACAAAAAACUGCAAGUUUCGGGUGAAGAAAACAUUGUUGAUGCAGUGAUCCGAUGGCUUGAUCAUGAUCAGGAAAACCGCAGGACAGCAAUAGUCAGCAUAUUUCAAGAAAUCCACCUGAUGUCCGUGAGAGUCAGUACACUUAAGAAGCUAGAGAUGCAUCCUGUGAUACAAGAUUCUCCUGAAUGUCUGGCAAAAGUCACAGCAGUCAAAGAGAAACAUCUCGACGGCACAAGUAUAGGAGCAGAGUUAGAGGAGGCUAAAUUUAGGCAAAGACUUGGUACAUCAGACGACCUAGUACUUCUUGUUGGUGGUGGGAUGAUAACAGAGGGAAGUAUGGCCAUGGGUGAUUAUUAUGCUGCAUAUACGACACCCUUGCAAAGCGUGAUGUGCUUGGAUCCGGACACUGAGCAAUACUACCACGUCACUGCCCUACCAAUGCACAUUACAGGCUAUAUGAGUGUCACAAGUGGAGAAAGAUGCCUGUAUGUGACCGGUGGGCGUGCCCAUCCUUUUUGCGUGUACGACCCUGGUAGUGUGCCAUUGAGGCAGGCAUUUCGGUACGACUUCGUCACAAACUGUUGGACAAAGCUACCUGACAUGCCUCGAGGUAGGGCAGGGCACCAGUCGGUCGUCGUUGAUGGGAAACUGUUCCUGGUUGGAGGUGACACUGACGACACGUCUGCAUUCAGCAUGGAUCGCUACGAUCUUAAAGAAGAGGCUUGGAUCGAGCCGCCGACGUUGCCAGAAAUAGCUUCUUUAGACUUAACUGUAACAUCCUGCAAUGGUAAGAUUGUACUUGUUGAGCUUUUCGAUGACACAGAGAAUGCGUGUAGUUGGGUAGAGGAAACAAAACUGCUUGUUCAUGUUUUCGAUGUGAAAGCCACACAUUGGUCAUACUCUGAUAUUCCUGUGCUGUGCUCUCGGUUGGAAAGCGUUUGUAAGUUGGUGACAGUUGUGCAUGGAAAUGUGCAUAUUCUCCUGAAUCUUCGCGAUUUAUACAGUCCACACAUGUUUCUCUAUGAUGUUGAACUGGGAACCCUAUCCAAGCUUGAAGACAUAGGAGAUUUGUCAGUGAGCUUUUGGGGUACACAGUACCAAGAAGAACACACCAUUCACCAAGAAGACCUCGCCGACACCAUAAUCUGCUACAAGUUUGACGAAGACAACGACAACAUCAGUGGUAGUAGGGAGACAGACAUAACGCGUACAUGGGACCUAACCUUUGAAUUAGUUGGUCAUAGUUUUCUGGCAACCAGUAAGUGUAGCAUCGGGUGGUACUGCAGGGAUCUUUACAAACUAGAGCACUAGCUAGGAACAUAAGACAGUGUCUUGGGGAAGAGCUAUCACAUGUAUACCCAUUUUAUAUAGGAUUAUUCCUACAUGGCUAGCUGCACAUUUUAUUGACACAUUCCAUUGUGGAGUGAACUGUGGAGUCAACCUACAUGCGCCGUAGGUUGAAUGAAUUGUAUAUAUGUUUUAGUGCUCAGUGUUUCUGUGAUAGGAGUACAGUACCAGAUGAUAAGCUAAAGGAAGGGGAUAGCAAAGUCAAGUAAUUGAGUCUGUUGUUUACUGCUGAAAUGAGGAUGUGUAGUUAAUUGUUUUUAUUUUUAAUAUGUUAACUGUUGAUUGUGAGUUGUACCUGCUAGUAAUACUAAUAGAUAUCAUUAACUGAUACAGAAACAAUAAAUGCAGAAUCAUCAUGAUUUGUCUAAUCUA